GAUUCGUAAGACUUACUGUAUUUUGUCACUUGUGAAACAAUUGUAUAUUACUAUGGAUAUAAUGGCUAAUCUCUCCAUAGGUGUAUAUAUCAAAGUUUAAUUUUAGGCUGUCAUUCGGGUUACCUCAUUCCCUAGUCUUAGUCACUUGGAUCACCUUGGUCAUUAACAACCGGGUGACCAGUAAUCUUUAAUCCCCCCCUGUAUACACUGAAUGUAACCCCUCAGUGAGUUCGUCCCUGUUAGCUAGGGUAGCCUCUGCGACUAUAGUUUAAAAUCCGUGUGUAAACAAUUCCUCCGUAAUAAAAUCGUCUUUAAAUGUCUCGAAAUCUCGAGUAUUACCGGGUGAUUCUUACCCCAAUGUUUAUUGUGCAAGGUGCAGAAAAAGCUACCUGUUCCCUAUAAAUAUUGUAUUUUAUAUACAUUAUGGAACUGUUUGAGCUGACUGUUUGAAAAAAGGUUCGUAAUACCUAAAUACCUUACUGACAUAUAUAAUAUCUUGUGUUUACGACGGAUAUGGACUGACAUUGUAGAUCGAAAUAAACUGAAGAGUAAUUUUAACCAGGAGAUCUUAGAAUGGCAUGCCCAUCACCUGACAGACUCACAGGAUGCCAGAAAACACUGAGUCAGAAGGUCAAGGUCGUAUUGGGUCAGGUCACGGCCGGUCAGCUAUGACAAUUAAUAAAGAGCUACAGGCUAACAAGACAAGGAUCGGGUCAGCCAAAUACUAUGACAUUGCCUCGGCUCUCAUGGGAAAGGGGAAGGCUGACUUAGAGGAACUGUUUCUGAAUGCAGCAAGGGAUGGAGAUUAUGAGAGAAUAGAGACAUUUCUGUUGAGACGCAGUGAUGUCAUAGUAAGCAUUGAUGUCAAGGACAAAAGGACAGGAAAUACACCCCUUAUAUGGGCCGCCAAAAGAGGACACACUAAGAUUGUCCAGUUACUGCUGAAGCAUGGUGCUGACAUUACUCUACGUAACUAUGAGAACCAGACGGCGGUGGAAGUUGCCUCCGCUGGGAUCAGAACGAUUCUGCUGGACUCCGUGGAACGUUCUACCGAAUCCUUCCAUCGGCUGCUCCUGCAGGCAGCAUGGCAGGGAAACAUCAAAGUCUUAAGAAGAUUACUGAAUGAGAAUAAGGUGCGAGACAUUAACUGCCAGAACUCGGAGGGACUAACUGCGCUUCUACUGGCUUGUCGAGACAUUCAGCUGUUCGAGAGGCUUUCUACGCAGACCAACAGGCCUUAUGAUCCUGUGGAGUGUGUGCAAGAGCUGCUGGCACAUAGAGCUAAUGUGCAUGCAGUUGAUGGAGAUGAUAUGACCUCUUUACACUACAUUUCUAAAUCCAAAGCUGCCCUGGCCGUGGCAGUCAUGCAGGCGUUACUGACCGCAGGACCAGAUAUAGAAUCUAAGGAUAAGCGUCUUUUUGCCCCCAUUCACUGCGCCUCUCAGACGGGUAAUGUGGAGUGCCUCGAGGUCUUACUUGACGGAGGGACAGAGGUCAAUUGUAGGGGAUUUGCAGGUGCCACCCCACUUCACAUUACGGCGUACAAUGACCACGAACGAGCUGCUUGCUCUCUUUUGAAACAUGGAGCAGACGUCACUCUCACAGAUGACAGGGGACUGACCGCCCUUGACCUUGCCAGAGGUCGAAAGAUCAAGGCCGUUCUGAAGGAGGCAUGGACAGAGGCCACACAGUGCAAGCCGUCCACCAGUCUGGCCCCCCUCAGGACUCCGGGGCGAGAGGAUAGCCGGAUGUCAACAGAGGAUGUCAAAAAGAAAAAACGAAGCAGAGGAGGGGAAGUCAUUUUUGAUUCGAUGCCAACUAAUGUAUUUGCCAACAUGAAGUCUACCCCAAACAAAGGAAAACCUGUAUCUAGACAUUUAAGCCUAAAAGAAAAAGCCAGGCGUGCUGAGGAGAAUAUGAUUCAGGACAUUGAAAAUGGCAACUUUACUCCUGGUCCAUAUUUGAGCACACCAAAUGACAAUGACCCGGCUUCAGUUAGUCGAUCUACAUUCAGGGAUGGAAUGAGAAAGCUUGGAAGGGUCAGGGGUCAAAGGGUGUCACCUUCACCUCUACCGAAAGUCAGAUCCAAAGAGAGGCUGCCGUCCAUCAGCCCUGACAGAGGUCUCGACAGGGAAUCCCCAACAUUUAGCAGGAAUGGAAAGUACCGCCGGUCAUUUGAUGAAGGCAGGAUUGGCCUUGGGAAAGGUAGCAAGCCAGUUACCUACCCUGGACCUGGUAAUCGGGGUCGAAUGUCACCUCUGACUGUCAGGGAGAACACAAGGACCUCACCUUUGACUGUGGUAGACCCAGAUUUUGACCAGUGCAUGCAGAUUAAUAGAAUGCAAGUUCCAUCCUCACCUACCCCUAGCAUCAGCAAGAACUUCAAACAUCACCGCAGAUCUGGAUCAGACACCAAUGCCAAUAUCAGUGACCUGGCCACGACCUGUGACCUUUACAUAAAUAAAGAUCGGAUGGGACUGACCAAUAGAUGUCCUCAAACUCCUGUACAAGGUGUCCCACUUUAUCCAACGUCAUCCAACAUUCUCCCCCCGACACCCACCCAAUUCAACCAGCAGACCAACGCUCACCUAGAGUGUGCCAUGACAGAGCAGCAGUCAUCCGAAGACUCUAAGGAUCCCUCCCCAAGAUCAGAGGAAGACGAACUAAUCAAGAAUAAGGAUGUCAAGAUGGCAUUUGCAGGAACUAUAGAACUCAUGAGAAGCAGAUCUAUCUACAAAGAUGAGUUUGUCCUGGAAGAGAGUCGCCCUCAAGAUUUGUCCCUCAGGUCCUCAAGUAGUGAAGACUCACACAGAAGCAAGCAGUCACCGUCAAGUAGAAGCUCCUCAGGAGAUCCACCUGACAAUUCUGGAAAAUAUUCCAAACCAGCAUCCAGUACAACAAAAAACAGCAAAACUAAGCAACCUGUCACAACAAGUGCUGCAACUCAGAGAAGUGCAACAGUAAAAGCAAAUUCUAGUGCUGCAACACAAAGGAGUGAAAAUCGGCCCCAAGUCGCAAAACCAUCUAGUGUGGGUUCUAAUAAACUGACUCUUCGAUCUAAGCAGAACUCUGCAGUUUCAGAAUCUCGGGGAGCAAUUUAUCUAGGAAAUAUAAACACCAAUUCUGAACUAAAGAAUAUUCAAGUUGUGCCAAAUUCUGGAAAUAAAUCAAAGAGUUCAUCAGCACAAAGUAGGAUUACAGUUCACUCUAGACAUCUGAAUGAAGACGCACUGAAGGAAGAUAAACAGAAUGUUAAAAGUGACAUUAAAUCUGGUCCCAUGCAGGUUGUGUCAUCCAAACUGCUCUCUAAUGUUAAGGAGGAAAUAAGAAAAGGAAUUGACUUCAUGCAAAAUAAAACAGAAGAAACGCCAGCUGUGACUGAAGUGAAAUCAGCAGAAGAAAGUGAGAGCGAUAAGGAAGCUAAAAAGAAGUUUGCUAAAAGUGAGUCCAAUAUGCUUGCACUUAAAUCAGGCGAAAAAGAUGUUAAUGUGCAAAGACCUGCUACUCAAUCCUCUGCAAAAACCGUGAAAAAGAUAGGACCUAUACCCCCUAAUAAACCAACAAACAACAAAGCCUUUGUCUCAACCAAUACUGUUGGUCAGAAAUCAUCUACACCAUCAUACCUUCAGCCAACCAGGUCUUCUGUUUCAAGAGGAGCAAAUGAUGUUGCAAAAGAUUCAAAAAGUAACAGUGCAAAACCAGGAACUGAAGGAAAGGGCACUGUGAAACCUGAUAUUUUGAAAGUUGGUCCAGCUAAAACCAGUGAAUCUACAUCCAAACCUUCGGAUAAGUCAGUGUCUACUGUUACAAAGUCUGCUUCAAGUAGCUCCUUAGCAUCUGAUGCUAGUGAUGUUAGUAAGAAAGUUCAAAUGACUGCUGGGAAAAAUUCUUCAACAAAUAAAGGGGUUACAAAUAGUGCAAAUGUUAAAGCUUUGGGUGCAAAACCCGUGAAACCAGUUACUGGUACAUCUACACAGAUGAACACACCCAGUUCUAACCAGUCUGUUCCAAGCUUUGCAAGAACUCAAAGUUUUCAGAAGAAUUCUUCAGCUGGCAAAGCCUCCAGAGGAAACUCUGGUGGAACAAUAAUAGCCAGAGCCCCACCAGCAUCUAAUAGAAGCGAAACAAAUGGAUCAGGAAAUAAAACAACUCAGGUCAAAGGGAAAGAUUCUAACUCCCAGAAACCAGAGCAGGAAAUUACAAAUGAGGCUAAGAACAAGGUUAUAAAAUCAGCCUCAGUAUCAAAUAUGGCUGAGGCAAAGGAAAAUGUUCCGAAGUCUUCAAACAGAUCUCAGUCUGACAGUGAUUGUCCAAAGACUGAGGUUUUGAAACAGGAUGAGCAACCAGCUUUUCAAUACAAACCAGCAAGUGCUGGAAAGGCACCCUUGGUAGAAAUUGUUACCUCAAUUACACCUCGUAGGACUAAACCAGAGCCUAUAGUUACUGGACCAAUGCAGACACCUGUCAUAGAGGAUCCUUUUGCAGACAUGUACCCAGACAUUUCUGUAAACCCAGCAGAAAACAAACAGAAUGGAAAAGGAGUGUCCGCUACUGCAUAUGGUUACAUAGUCUCCAAGCCAGGAAUAGAGAGGUCUAAAACUAACAUUUCUCUCAAGAGCAGGGGUAAGAGUGGCAAGAAGAAAGAUCUGAAACCUUCAUCUGCUCAGCCCAAGUUAGGCAAAAGAAGGGGUGGUGCAAAGAGCAAGAGCAAAAAUUCAGAGGAUGCAGUUGCUAGACCAAAAAGUGGGAAGAGAACCAAGUCAGGAAGGAGAAGGAAGAAGAUACCAGUGGAUUCACUACUGGGAAAACAGGCAACUCAGUCGGAUAUAGCAUUAAUCUCAGGGAUAGGUUGGCAUGUUGCUGCAAGCUGUAUAGACAAGUCUGAUGUGGUUGCUGUAAAGUGUACAGAUUCUAUGUCAUCAGGGUCAUCAGAGAGUGAACAUGAAGAUAUGGAAGAGGAGAACUUUGACCCUCUCAUGAUUCCUCAAGAAAGUCUCAUGUUUGAUAACCUUGAAAUGAUGACAUCUGGAAAUUUCAAUAUGGAUAUGGACACUCCAAGAUUUCACAAGGAGCAAGUAAAACCGAAACAUUUAAGGAAUUCAUUGAAUGUUGAUGUGUAUCAGCACAUUGACAGUGUACCAUGCACUCCAUCACCUCGCUUCAAACAAAUCAAACCAGAUUUCCCAGCAAAGAUGAAUUUACCUAGAGUAGACAAUGAUGGAUAUAGGCCUAUGAACCUUGAUUUGACACAAACAUCUCUGUCCAACAACCUCCAUGGAAAUAGCUCCUUACCACCAGAUACGGAUUUGCAGUUUAAAUUGGAAGCUUUAAAAGCUGCUGAGCAAGAACUUGAUGAUAUUUUGUAUUCCAAUCCCGCAGUGGAUGAGGCAAAUGAGGAGCUGAACAGACAGAUACUGAUCGACAAACUCACCCCUAUACCUGAGUCUCCAUCAUUAAGCUCAAGGACACCCAUCCAUAAAACAUUGAAUGCAUUAAAGGAAUUUGAUGAGAAUGUAAAGGACGAUACAUUGAAUGAUCUGCUAGGCUUAAAUGGCCAAACUCCAAGAGUGGGGAGUGAAGUGGACUGUUCGCCUAGUCAACUCAAGCGGGGCAAAUUUGAAUUUGAUAAUCCAGAACCACAGAACAGGAAUCCCUCAAACUCAGGAAAAAGCAAAUGCUCAGAGAGAACCAACUCAUCAAGUGAAAAGAAGUCUUCUGCUGGUAGCAAUUCUAGGACAUCUGGAUCUUCUGCAGGAAAGAAGAGUUUGCAGAUGUCAGCAAGCAGUCGAGUAAAAGUUCCAGAACCUAUAGGAAGAAAACAGCAAAGCCUGCAUUCAUCUGCAGGCAGCAGGACAGCAAGGACCCCAGCAACAUCUGCAGCAAACAGAAACAAGAAUUUAUCAAGAUCAUUGAAUGAAAAUACUAGCAAUGAAAUUCAGUUAUCUCUUGAUAAUCUCAAGUCAGCCAUUCAGCAGAAUAAAAUGAAAAAUAAAGAGAGAAAACAAAAGAUGGAGAAUGAUGACCUAAAUGUCCCACUUCCCGCUGAGAAUGUACCCAUGCUAGACUUGAAGGAUCUCCAUCAAGCAGAAAAUGAAGAGAUUAAAUCUGGAGGAAGAACAAGUCAGAGAAAGAAAGAAACAGGUGGAAGAUCAACCAGGAGAGAGAGAAAGUUCUCAGAAACAAAGAGUGAUGAACGAGAAGACACAAAUCUGGAUGAGGUGGUGGAAGAAAUCCUCAGUAACACCAUGUCCUCCACUAGAUCUAGUAGAACACUGACGAAUGCUAGCAGAAACAGCACACUCACAGAAGCUGACAGAGACCUGCUCAUAAAGAUGACUCAGAAUGACUCUCCAUUUCAUGCCAAGCUUUCUGCUUCAGUGUGUGAUCCACAGAGAACCUCUCAGGGAGACGAAAUUGAAGAUAUCACAGCACAACAGCCUCAGUAUCAAGUCACUGAUGACCUACAAACAAGACAGAAGCAGAAAUUUGAUAGUGAGGCCAUUGCAAAGAUCAUGAACAGCUUCAAACACAUGGAGCUGUAUGCAGGGAAAGGUGGAAGUCUGAGAGCUCUGAAAGGCAGCAGAGAACAUCUGCACAAACCCCACAUGAGUGUGGGUGAACCAUCGUCUGCUUUAGUCCAUCACAAACCACCUAUCAAUGUUUCAAAGGGGAAGUCUGCCGGAAAGUUUACAGAGAUCAGGGGUUCAAAACAAGAUGGUGGAUCUCUGAGAAACAAUGGUGAGAAGGAGUCCUCCUAUGGAUUCUCCAACUUGCCACCCCAGGAUGGGACUGGGUUCAUUGAUGAAGAUUCUGUGGACCUUGACCAGACACUCACUAGUGACAUGACCCACUCCACACUGGACUCUGAUAGUAGGGCAGGAAGUGCUUGUACCUCCAUAAGUAACCAGUCUAAUGCAGAAGACACCAUUCAGUGGAAGAAAGGCAAUGUCCUUGGAAAGGGGGCAUUUGGAGUUGUUUGGUGCGGACUGACCAGUGAGGGACAGCUAAUCGCUGUGAAACAGAUCGAGCUGAAUACGUCAGACAAAGACAAAGCUAAACGGGAGUACGAGAAAGUCCAAGAGGAAGUUGAUCUGCUAAAACUGCUCAACCACAAGAACAUCGUAGGAUAUCUUGGCACCAGUCUGGAGGAGGAGGAGAGCGUAGUCAGCAUCUUUAUGCAGUUUGUGCCCGGGGGCUCUAUUGCCAGCAUCCUCGCCAGGUUUGGAGCCCUGGAUGAAGCUGUGUUCAGACGAUACACCAAGCAGAUCCUUGAGGGAGUGUCUUAUCUUCACCAAAAUGAUGUCAUUCAUAGAGACAUUAAGGGGGGAAAUGUAAUGCUCAUGCCAAAUGGAAUCAUCAAACUCAUCGACUUUGGAUGUGCCAAAAGACUAUGUAUAAAUCUCAGCAUGGGACAGUCACAAAUUCUGAAAUCAAUGAAAGGGACUCCAUAUUGGAUGGCCCCUGAAGUGGUCAAUGAAACUGGUCAUGGCAAGAAAUCAGAUAUCUGGAGUGUUGGCUGCACCAUAUUUGAAAUGGCUACCAGAAAACCUCCAUGGGCGGACAUGAAUCCAAUGGCGGCCAUUUUUGCCAUUGGAAGUGACAGGAAGUCUCCACCUAGGUUACCAGAGAAGUUUACACCAGAAGCUGUAGAGUUCGUGGAUUUUUGUCUGACUCGGGACCAAAGCAAGAGACCAAGUGCCGUUAAACUUCUACAGCAUCAGUUCAUCACGAAGAGAAAAAACUCCAAGGGAGAGAAGAAAUGAUCAUUGUGUAAUAUACUCAUCUCAUCGCAAAAAUGCCUUAGAACUAUUCAUGUUCCAAAAGUCUGUGUUCUUCAAAAAGAUUCAUCUUCUUUAUUCAAAGUUCAGUGUUUUAAAUACACUGUAUCAUACAUGUUUUUUAUAUUUUUUUUCUAACUUAGUUUCAUAUAUGACUGGAGUUUAAAAAGCUGUAAGAUUUUUAUGUUCAUGCAUAUCUAACAGCUGCACAUUUGAAUGCAGUGAUUACACUGUAGUUAUGAUGUGAACCUGUUCAUCUCAGUUAUACACAAGUAAACCUGGUGACCAUCAUGUUCUUGUUCAUGAUAUUAAUCCACUGCUGUUCAGGAAUCAGAACUUGUUCAGAUCUGUGUUCAGAUCUUGCCUCAUAGAAAUGGCAGAGGAUUCAACAGUUGUAUGAGAAAACUCUGUACAUAGAAACCACAAUUUUUAAAAUCACUGUAUACAGACCCUUGUUCUUUAAAUCAUCUUUUUUUUUGAAAUUUUGACACAUUUCCUGAAAUGGAAGGAAGUUAUUACAGUAUGUUUGUAUUGUAAAGUACAUGACUGUAUUUUAAUUUUUCAGAGUACUAAUUUCUGUAUUUUAACUGUAGUUUUUUUUGUUAUUAUUUUUCAUAGAUUAAAUAUGUGGGAGUAUGUACUUGUUUCCUCGCAUCAUAUGUGGGCUUAUAAUGUGUUUUAUUGUUUUUGUUCUUUUGUUCCAGAGUAAUGUGUAGUGGUGUCCUUUAUGUGCCAAUGUCCUUCAUAUUUUUGUUGUGCCAAAUUUUCACUUAUAGAAGUCUUCUUUGUAUCGAUAUGUAUUGUUUUCUAUCAAAAAAAAUUGUAUGUAGAUACAUUUAUUUUUAAUAUAUUUUAAGUGUGCCACAUAUUACUCAUCUGCCAUUAUAGUGAAUUGCAAAAUUAUUUUCCAUAAUCAAAUACAUGGAAAGCAUUAACGUGGUAUGCAAGAUUUUAUACUGGGAGUGUUUAUAUAGAGACCAACAACUAUUAUGCGACAGUAGAUGUGAAUAAGAGGUACCCGUAUGUCUUAAUUUGUAAAAACAGGCAAUACAUAUUUUAUUAUUAUGUAAAUAUGUAUUAUAUGUAAAUAAUUCCUAUGAAUAUACAUAUGUAAAAUGUCUAUAUGCUUACCAGCUUUCAUUACUACAAAAUCCUUGACUGAUAUUUGCUAACAAAAUAUUUAAUUAGGUGCCACAGUUAGUAUACAUUAUGAUUAUGG